AUGUAUUUCGUGUCGUGUGAAGACGAUAUCAAGCUGAAAGCUUUGUUGUCUCUUGGGUUUCUUUGUUUGGGUCAUCCAGAUUUCCUGAUGCGUGAAAAUAUUAUUCAGCUGUAUCGUCGUAUUCUUACUGAGCGCACGUGCGACGUUCGCCAAAAGGUGCAAGUUUUGAGAAACGUAGAAAACUUUCUAAAGGAAGAUGAAUCAAAGAUGGUUCAAGGCUACGAGUGUUGGGAGAAGACAAAAGACGACGCAAAUCUCAAAGAGAUGGGCGAGACGUUGUCUGGCUUGAGCAGCUCGGUCAUUCAAUGCUACAUCCGGGAGGUGCUCGAAUGUUAUUUCCAUGAACACGCCGCCGUACGCUCCGUUGUUUCAGAAGUAGUUUCGUUGACGAUGCAGCAGGGUUUGAUUCAUCCAGUGCAGGUAGUGCAUUUUUGCUUUCUGCUGUUACUCUCAGUUGCACCGUACUGA